UGUGGUAGUGAACCUGAUAUGAAGGCUCUGUGCGUCGAUAGUGAAUGCAAAUGUAAACAAUUACCCGGAUCUUUCAUAGACAGUGACGAUAAUUUUGAAAAUGAUAAUAAAAAUCUAACUAAACAACAAGAUGAAAACAUAGAUAAUAAAGAUGAUAAUAAUAAUAAUAACCGCAAGAAAAUUAAAACCGAUAGACAAAAACCUCUGAAACCAAAACGGAACCGAAAAUCGGUACUAAACGACAACAAGAAGCGAACCAAAAGCAUAACAACUCCGAAACCGAAACCUAAACCUAAAAGGACUGAACGACAAAAACCGAACCGAAAACGCAACUCAAAAACCAAAACUCAGAAACCGGAUGAAACCGUAACCGAAACCUCAAAUCUAUGA